AUGGGCCUAAACACUCAAAUGCAAAAUCUGAGUGUCUCAGACAGGUUUGAUCCACACCCUGAUCAUAUAAAUACGCAGGUUCUCGACAAACAUGCGCAUAACAUCAAGACCGAUGAACUCUCUGUAACCAGGGCCAAGACUAGCAAAGACAAGGCCAACAGAGCGACCGUCGAAAAUGUACUAGAUCCCAGGACGAUGCGGUUUCUACACGCACUCACGAGCAGAGGCGUUAUUUCUGAGUUCAACGGUUGUCUGAGCACCGGGAAAGAGGCCAACGUUUACCAUGCUUUUGGCAGCUACGAAGGUGAGGACAGAAAGACGGGACAUAGACGCGAACUGGCGAUUAAGAUCUACAAGACUUCGAUUCUGGUAUUCAAAGAUCGUGAGCGGUACGUGGACGGUGAAUUCCGUUUCAGAAACUCGAGAUCCCAACAUAAUCCUCGUAAAAUGAUCAAAGUUUGGGCCGAGAAAGAGUUUCGCAAUCUCAAGCGUAUUUACCAAAGUAAAGUGGUGCCGGCUCCGGAACCGCUGGAGGUCAAAUCCAAUGUUUUGGUCAUGGAGUUUCUUAGCAGAGGCGAUGGGUUUGCCUCACCUAAGGUGAAGGACUAUCCUUACAAAGACAGCGAGGAGAUAUUAUUUUACUACUAUACUAUGGUUGCGUAUAUUCGGCUUCUGUACCAGGUUUGCCAACUGGUGCAUGCAGACCUGUCGGAAUAUAAUGCGAUUAUUCACGAAAAGAAGCUGUAUAUCAUUGACGUCUCCCAAAGUGUUCAACCCGAGCAUCCGAUGAGUUUAGACUUUCUACGAAUGGAUAUCAAAAACGUCAACAGCUAUUUUGAACGAAUGUCUAUCGAUAUUUUCUCUGAGCGGGUUAUUUUCCAGUUCGUAAUAUCUGAAACUCUCGACAAGUUCACCGGUGAUUACAAUUCUUCGGAUGAUCUUGUAGAGUACAUGGCUCGAAAUCUACCGAUUAAGAGCACCCCAGAAGACGAAGCUGAAGACGAAGUGUUUAGGUCACUACAUUUGGUAAGAAAUUUGGGUGGACUAGAAGAAAGGGACUUCGAUCGCUUUACUCUUGGGAAGUUCGAUCUCCUAAAAAGUCUUAUUGCAAAUGAUAAUAAAAAGAACGCUAAGAACUUUACCGCUUCAGAGCAAUUCGAGUUAUCGUCUUCUAGCGACGAAAACAGUGAUUCUGAAGAUGUAAGUGGCAGUGAUAGUGACGAAGAAGAUUCCGAUUCUGAUUCCGACAGUGAGUAUUAUGAGAAGAAUAAAGAGCUAAAGGGUAAAAAGUAUGAGGACAAAGACUCCAAGAAACAACGUAAGGAUGACGCCAAAGAUGCGAAACGAGAGAGGAGAAAGACUAAAGUAAAGAAGCACAUCAAAAAAAAGCUUAUCAAGAAGACGAAAUCGAAAAAGUGA